AUGGCCGCGUAUGCGCACCACACGCCGCGACAAGUCUCGGACAGCCUCGGGCGCACGCGACAGGGACGGCAAUAUCUGAAGCUCGGCGAACGGACAGGGACGAAAGCUGUCGCUCUCGUACCUAUUUCGGAGCAACCUAACGCUUGCACGGGUGACUCACGCACGUGGUACCUCGCGGGGAAAUCGCGGGCGGUUCGGACGCGAAGAAUGCUCUCGAAACCGCCAUUACAGGCGGAAACAAGCAGCGGACGCGACGUGUGCACCGGAUCACCGGCCGGGGGCUGGGACCGCGGAAUGCAGCAACAAACGUACGGAGGUUGCAUUGACGUUUGGUCACGGGGCAUCGGCGAGAGUACCUCUUGCGACGCUAAUGGGCCCGAGUGGCCGACGGCUCCGUUAUCCCUCGUAGCUAAUGAUUGGCCGGCAUUAAGGCCCGCCGUUCCGUGCGAUUAUUGGAUC